UUAAUAUCGGUCGGGCUAUAUAUCCAUAGUUUUAUACUUUUUCUCCUUAAAAUAUUCGAUUUGUCUGAUAAUUGUUUUGUUGCUCGUCUAGAAAAUGUUUUUGCUUUCAAAAGUUUUAUGAAAAUAGCAAUUGUAGUGAUAUGAAGGCUGUCUUGUGGCAUAAGAUCCUUACAUGUUCAGUGGAUCACUCGCGCUACAGAAAAGCCCUAUAUUUACAAAGAUUAGUGCGUAACGUAACUUUGGAAUGCCAUUUAUGAACACACAGAAAUACAAUUUCUCAUAAUUUUCAACAUUAAAAAGGCUGCCAACUCUGCGGUUAUUCAUGUCGCGUCGUUAAAAUAAUAUAAAGAGUUCUAAACCUACAUUCGCAAAGGCAUGAAGACCUAAUUUUAAAGCCGAUAAUUAAAUUAUAGAAGAGAGGAAACCGUAGAGAACAUUGAACGGAAAAAGGCAAACGGUGGUAGGGGAACACGUGCGUCGCACCUAGUAUUGCUACUGCUGCUGCUGUUUGCGCAAGAGAGAGGUUACCCAUUUGUUGUUGGAAUUGAGUGUAAACUUGGUGGAAAUGUUUUUGGAUUGAUAAAAUAAAAUUGAACAGAGGAAUUAGCUACUGAAAAGCAAUUAAGCUGCUUUAUAAAAAAGAAGCAAAAAAGGAAAAGAAUGAAACUACUUUUGUAUGUUAAAAGCAAAAUGUAGUGCCUUUGGAUAGUAAAACUGCUGUGUAUAAGAUUUUUUUUUUAACGUUGAUGUAACAUACCCUUACGACAUAAAAAUAUAGCUAAUUUUAAUAAUCAGUUUAUAAGAAUUACAAUGUCGUUCAUAAAUAAUCUGAAGAAGGUGUUCCACCUUGGAGGUGGGGAGGCGAAGAAGAAACGCCUUUACAAUAAUAUCAAAAUGGAUACCGACCCGGCGGAGUUUUGGGAAAUGGUGGGUGAGCUGGGCGAUGGCGCUUUUGGCAAAGUAUAUAAAGCGCAACACAAGGAACACAAACGUUUUGCAGCGGCGAAAUUAUGCACAUUGGAAGAUGAAGAAAAUCUUAGUGAUCACAUGGUUGAGAUCGAUAUUUUAUCAGAGAUAAAACAUCCAAACAUUGUGGAAUUGUAUGAGGCGUUUUCAAUAGAGGACAAAUUAUGGAUGCUAAUUGAGUAUUGCGAUGGUGGUGCUUUAGACAGCAUAAUGGUGGAAUUGGAGAAACCGUUAACGGAGCCACAAAUCGCCUAUGUUUGCCGACAUAUGACUGAAGGUUUAAGUUUUUUACAUAAAAGUAAAGUAAUUCAUCGCGAUUUGAAAGCCGGAAAUGUACUGCUAACAAUGGAGGGGGGUGUAAAAUUAGCUGACUUUGGCGUCUCGGCAAAAAAUAAGCAUACUCUACAGAAGCACGACACAUUUAUAGGUACACCUUAUUGGAUGGCGCCCGAGCUAGUGCUCUGUGAAACAUUUCGGGAUAAUCCUUACGACUUAAAAGUGGAUAUCUGGUCACUGGGCAUAACACUAAUUGAGUUAGCGCAAAUGGAACCACCAAAUAGUGAAAUGUCACCGAUGCGUGUUUUAUUGAAAAUACAAAAAAGUGAACCUCCAACACUGGAUCAGCCUUCAAAGUGGAGUAAGGAAUUCAAUGAGUUUCUAAAGAGAACUUUGGUCAAAGAUCCACAACAACGCCCAACCACAGAUAUUUUAUUACAGCAUAGAUUCAUUAAUUGUGAACUAGACGCUAAACCUAUAAAAGACUUAUUAUUAGAAUAUAAGGCUGAAGUUGUUGAAGAAGUCGUCGAUGAUGAUGCUGAGGAACCCCGCAACUCGGCGCUCCGGCUCGACCUGGACGAUGACUCUGCCUCUUUGCAGAGCCAAGAUAUUGACAAACUUCCAGGUACCCCAACAUCAGUAUCUAUGGACUCUAAAGAACCAAAUCAAACAAAUAGUAUACCACAAAGUAAACUAUCACAACAAGGAGGAGCCGCAGAUAAUGUUUCUCCCAUAUUGCAAAAAAGUCUUGAAAAUAAUAUAUCAUCUUCCAAAGAAGCAAAGGAGGAUGAACAAACAAAUAGCGUUAACAAUGCGCCAAAGGAAAAUGAUACGAGUAAGCCGCUUUCACCUGGAGUGGCCACUAAACAAGCAGCUGUUGCUACUACACCUGCUGUUGAAGCUGACAGUCUUCCUGAGAAAAGCAUUGACGCUGAGAGGAAGAUUCCCAAAAAAGAGAAGGGUAAGGCACCGCCACCUCCAUCUGCUGCUGUGAUUACAAAAACGCCAGAAACUCCAGCAGCGGUAAAAGCACGCACAGAAUCGGAGAAGCGAACCAACGACGAAUACACCCGCACAACCGCAUCAGUCAAAACAGAGCUGACCAAGAAUGUAGAAAUCGAUGUGCUAACUCCUGCAUUGCAACAGUUCGUUAAUGAACCGCAAGAACAGGCGCAGCCAUUGCCAUCACCAUCACCGCCAUCGCCGACCACAUCGUCAGCAGCGGUUUCGGUUAAUUCAACUUCGUCGUCGGUGAAGAGUGGCGCCAUGCUAAGCUCGACCACUUCGCUUAUCACCAUUAAUAGCGAGGCUUCGCCAUCCAGCACGCCAACACGUUCAUUUAACAAUCAGGCACAGCAACAAAAUGUCGUUCAUCCCAACAGCUUGGAAGCCAGUGGCAGUCAAAUAAGAGUUGUAACCAGCACGCAUCCACCAGUCAUAAUUGACAAUUCUGUGGUGCCCGCUGCAUCACCUCAAAGUGAAGUGAUAAUUGUUUCAAACGAUUUGAAUAAGAGCACACAUGUGCCAGAAUCUUCGACUGACGACGAUUUCACUUCGUUCGACGACAGUCUAGGCGAUUCACCGCUAUCGCCUCGACAGUCAUCUAUGAUAGUGGCUGUGUGUGAGAAGGGAGGCGAAGAAACGGAUAAGGGCGAAAUGAAUGCCGAAGCCAAUCAGUCCAUUAUCGGCAAAAGAUCGCGUGCACGAAAACUGGACGAGAGCGAAGUGCUAAUCGUUAGCCCAUCUUUCGUUGAUGAUGACUCUGCCUACAAUACAGCAACGGGCAGUCACGAUCAUAGUGAACACCUAAUGGACACCAGCCAUGUGUCCGUUGUGACUGUCGGCGAUGAGAUAAAAGUUAAGGACAGUAGUCAUCUAAGUAGCGAUCAAUACGAUACAACAUUAAGCAACGAAAACAACAACUUAAAUAGCCAACGACCAUUUAUAAAGAAUCACCAAAACGGCCAAAUUAUCACGGGCACACCAACAGAAGAUGUAAAUAUUAUUAUAAAUCGUAACACGCCACAAGACAUUAGUGUCGGUAAACGACCGUCACCGGAUAAUAGCGUGGGCUCAAUGGAUUCACGUACACUUAGCGAAAGCGGUUCGUUACGCUCUAGUGGCGGUGUUAUUCGACGAGCUGUAGGUUUGAAUAUUGCAACAGUUGAUCAGAGUGACGUUGAAAGUAUCGGCACCACAACUAGUCAUGAUAGUCGUAAUGAGGCGGAGGGCCCCAUAAUGGGGUCUAAGAUUCCUGAGGAUGAAGAAGUUGUCAUUCGACGUAAACAAGGACCUCUAUCGCCGAAAAUAGUAGCACCACCCGGUCCGACUAAAGAGGAAAUCGAACUGCGUAAUCUACGUAAGAAAACGCGAAAACGUACGCGAAAAUUCGAAAUUGAUGGUGUACAAGUGACCACAACCACCAGCCGUGUCAUAUACGGCGACGAAGAGACUGGACGACUUUACGAUGAUCAUGUGUUCCGCAAGCAAGAAUUGCGAGAAUUAAAAAUGUUGCAAAAACAAGAGAAGAAACAACAAAACGACUUGCAAUUGAAGGAGCAAAUUGCUAGGGAACAGCAGGAUCGUCGUUUCGAACAGGAACGCAUUUCAUUGGAGAAGACUUAUGAAGCCGAUAUGGAUACAUUGGCAAGACAACAGAAGCAAUUGAUUGAGAAAACGGAACAAGCGCAGGAACAUGAGCUACGAACAUCUUCGAAGCGCAUUCGGUCCGAGCAAGAACAAGAAUUGAAGAUCUUCCGUGAGAAUCUGAAACAAGAAAUUCGUUUGCUGAAACAAGAAGUAGAUUUACUACCCAAAGAUAAACGCAAAGACGAAUUCAAGCAACGUCGUUCCGCUAUGGAACUGGACCAUGAGGAGAAAGAGCGCGCUUUCCUAGAUUCGCUCAAAGAACGCCAUGAAUUGUUGUUGCGACGGUUGAGUGAAAAACAUCGCGAUCAUCUUGCCACAAUCAAUCGCAAUUUCCUACAGCAGAAGCAAAAUGCCAUGCGUACACGCGAAGCACUGCUGUGGGAGUUGGAAGAGAAGCAAUUGCAUGAGCGCCAUCAAUUGGCCAAGCGGCACGUAAAGGAAUUAUGUUUCAUGCAGCGCCAUCAAAUGAUUGUGCGACAUGAGAAAGAAUUGGAUCAGGUGAAGAAAAUGUUGCAACGCAAAGAGGAGGAUAUGAUUAAGAAACAGGCUUUGGAGAAACGAGCGUUGCCAAAGCGAAUUCGUGCGGAACGUAAAGCACGAGAUUUGAUGUUCCGUGAAUCUUUGCGGAUAUCAACAAAUCUUGAUCCCGAAGUCGAAAGAGAGCGACUUAAGAAGUUCCAAGAGCAAGAAAAGAAACGUUACACGCAAGAGGAGCGACGAUUUGAAAUUAAACAUCAAAAGCAACUGGAGGAAUUGCGCGCAACACGUGAGGGAGCGAUAAGAGAGCUUGAGCAGUUGCAGAAUGAGAAACGGAAAGCUUUGGUCGAACAUGAACAAGCCAAGUUGACGGAUAUCGACGAGCGACUAAAGGCCGAGUUGCGUGAAUGGAAGGAACAAUUAGUACCUAGAAAGCAGAAACUUAUCGAUACUCUUAACGAAAUGUCCGAGCGUUUUGAGAAAAAAUACGGUCCUAUACCAGAUCGUGUGCCAUUCACAUUGAAAGAUAUUGAGGUGCCAUUGCAACUGCGUGGAUUUUUCAAUGAUGCGCCACGUUCUCUGCCACGUGGUCUCUUCCUCAGCGGCAAUCAGAUGCUGCGAUCGCGCACCUACUUCUCUCUAUCGUUAGAUCCACGCACCAAAUUCCACGGUUCCACACCCGAUUUAAGUCGCAGUGUACCUACAACACCUGUAUUUCGUAAAUUUGGUCCAACCAAAGAGCGCAGUGAUAGUUUGGCACUAGAGAGAGCACCUAGAUUACGAGAGGAACGCUUCACAGAUGAAAUUGUGGAAUUGCGACAAGCGCACGGGGUACUAACGCCACGCUUUGUGUCCGCAGCGGCAACGGCAGCAUCAUCAUCAGCAGCUGGUGUCGUCAAGGUCGAUAUGCCGAGUGAUGUCGGCCAAUUGAAGGCAAUUAAUGUGCAAACUCCCACACUGGGCGCCAGUCGACAAGUGGAUUCAGAGCGACCUUUGCUGUCUACCUUCCGUAGUACAAUGCCGCCGCAGAGUAGUCACAAUAAUGAGUUGACAAAAAACAUGAAUACAAACAUAUAUUCCACACCACACGCUGAUAUUGUAAGCAAUCGUUUUAAUAAAAAAGAGAAUUUAAAAGUUGAUGAACCAACAACAACCAUAUCAGAAACAACAAUAUCCAAUAAACCAGACCUGCGCCAUCAAGCGCAAAAUCUAUUAUAUUCCUCAUCGUUUGCUAUCAAACGGCCCAGCUUAUAUGGAACGGGUCGCUCUUCGUUAGGCAGUACGCAAUCAUUGUAUGACAUAUACGAGGGUACAACACGUUUCAACACUCCGGCUGAACGCGUUGAGCCUGACGUUAGAUUGUCGAACAAGAAAGCGACCGCUCUACUCGACAGCAUUGAACCCUCCUUGCGCGCUUCAAUCAAAUUGGGUAGUGUGCAGGAGGUGAAUAACUUGGAUGAUAAAGAGGUUAAAUAUACAAUCCCCAGGAUUGAAGUAAAAGAUAAAAAGUCGAAGAGAAAUAUAGCAGUCGGUCGUUUAGAUGAGGAUUCCUGGGCUUAGAGCAGUCAAUGUAAAAAAGUGUAAAACAAAAACAGUUGAAAAAAAAUAUAGAGAACACAAAACAUGAAAACGUAAAUCAACAAAACUCAGUGGCAUUUAAUGAGAAAACGUGGAAAAAUCGCUUAGAACAACAGGGCGUGGUUUGCAAGUGUAUUUUUCCUACUUCUAACUGCAUAUGCUUUACAAAAUCGCUUUACAUAUAUACAUAUCUACAUGUACAUAUACAAGGUGGCGCAAAGCUAAACAUCCAAUUUUGUUUUUGAAUAAUUUUUUUACCAAAUAAAAAAAGUUAUCUCGAGUGAUGGAAA